AUGGUGGUCGUUCAAUUCGGAUUGGGUAUUAUAAGACUACACUUGCUUAUCGCAACUCUAGAGUACUCUUCUAACGCGCCUCAGCCUAUCAGCUAUCCGCGCUUGUCUGCACAUCACUUACUAUCUUCGAAUGAACCCGAUUACCUUCGUCUUAUUCUCACUUCGAAAGUAUAUGAGAUCUUGAAGGAAACACCCCUGGUCUACGCCCCAAACCUUAGUGCAAAACUAGGUAAUCAGAUAUGGCUGAAACGAGAGGAUCUGCAAGAGGUUUUCAGCUUCAAAAUUCGAGGUGCCUAUAACUUCAUGGCAGGAUUAUCUGAGGAAGAACGAUGGAAAGGUGUUGUAACAUGCAGCGCUGGUAAUCAUGCGCAAGGAGUAGCCCUUUCUGGCGAACGUCUCGGGAUACCCUGUACCAUUGUGAUGCCAAAGGGUACUCCGUCUAUCAAAGUUCGCAAUGUCGAGCGUCUCGGCGCAAAGGUCGUGCUCCACGGUGUUGACUUCGACGAAGCAAAGGCAGAAUGUGCAAGAUUAGCUGCCACUCAUGGACUGGUAUUUGUCCCACCAUACGACGACCCGCUUGUAAUCGCCGGUCAGGGUACGGUUGGCAUGGAAAUAUUAAAACAAAUACCAGACUCUGACAAUCUCGAUGCCAUAUUUGGUGCGAUUGGCGGCGGCGGUCUUGUCUCUGGAAUUUGUGAAUAUGUUAAACGCAUAGGCAACCCAAACACAAAAGUGCAUGGUGUCGAGACCUUUGAUGGGGAUGCCAUAGUGACUCUAGCCGAGGUCGGCCCCUUUGCAGACGGCACAGCAGUAAGAAUCGUAGGCGAGGAGCCAUUCAGGAUAUGCCAGAAACUCUUGGAUGACGUAGUCCUAGUUGACAACGAUGAAAUAUGCGCCGCUAUCAAAGAUAUCUUCGAAGAAACUAGGUCUGUUACAGAGCCUUCCGGAGCCUUGAGUCUAGCAGGCUUAAAGCGACACAUCGCAAAUCAAAAUCUUAUCGGCGCGAACCGAAAAUUCGUUGCCGUUGUCAGUGGAGCCAACAUGAACUUUGACAGACUGCGUUUCGUCGCAGAGCGUGCAGAAUUGGGUGAGGGACGCGAAGCACUUCUGAGCGUGGUGAUACCAGAGAAGCCUGGAAGCUUUUUCGCAUUACAAUCCAUCAUCCACCCGCGGGCAACAACAGAGUUCAUAUACCGUUACAACAAUCCAAACACCGCACAUAUAUUCCUUUCAUUCAAGCUAGAUACCUCAUUUCGCACAAAAGAAGUGGAGAAGGUGCUUGAAGAAAUCAAAAAUCAAGGGAUGACUGGAUAUGAUGUUAGCGAUGAUGAAGUGGCUAAGUCUCACGCGCGGUAUAUGAUACGUGGAUGCACAACGCUUCCAAACGAAAGAGUGUUCCGGUUUGAAUUUCCUGAACGACCAGGCGCCCUGCGCAAGUUCCUUCAGGGUAUUUAUCCUGGACUAGGCUGGAAUAUAUCAAUGUUCCACUACCGCAAUCAUGGCGCAGACCUUGGCAGAGUGCUAACGGCCAUCCAAGUUCCGCAAGAAGAUUACGCGGCAUUCGACGAGUUUUUAGGCCAGUUGGGAUAUCACUAUGUGGAGGAAACUGACAACGAAGUAUACAAGCGGUGUCUUGCAGGACAGGUUACCCUGAAUGGAUCUGCAUAG